AUGAAAGUCACUUUUUGCCUCCUUUUACGCACGUGCUCUUCUAUAUUCUUCCUCCUACAAGGUGAGUAAUGAUUCACUGUGGAUAAAAUUUAGACUUGUUGCUUUGCAUAAACGUUUUUGACAUGAGUAAUUGAGAAUAUUUUUUACAGAAUAAGCAAAAUUACCAAAAUAAUAAUAAUGAUAUUAGAAAUGAUAAAGAUACAAAAAAUUAAGAAUACAUUUAAAAUAUGCUCAUGUAGGCUUCCUUUAUUUUGAAAUGCAAACCAUUUGAGAAAGUUUAAAUCAGUAAUGAGUUGGCUGUUAUUUCAAGAAGUGUAUGGGGGUAUGUUGAUUUUAUUCUCUUACAUUGAAGAAAACGUCAGAGGCAAAAAUCAUGUCUUUUCACACGGUCCGGUGACCGAAAUGAAGAUGUUUUCACUGAAAAACAUUAGAUUUAAGAUUUAAUGAAACUGCUCCGUUAAGUUGAUAAGACCAGUCAUCUUCUUUGUCUUUCUGUUAUCAAGCGUGAAAGUAGCACAGUCUUAUGCCUUACCCUCUGCUCUUCCUCAGGUGGGUCCUGUUCAGACGCAGAGCACAAGCUCUUCUCUGUCAUUUUCUCUAGAUACAACCAGUACAUACGACCAGUGGAGAAUGUCUCUGACCCAGUCAUUGUCCAGUUUGAGGUGUCCAUGUCACAGCUGGUUAAAGUGGUAAGCUAAAGAUUUUUUUCACAGUUUGUGCUGACGUCUAUCGUACCUGUGAGUUAUGUGACGCUCUUCCUCCACAGCCAGACAUUUAUCACCGGGCUGAACGAGCAGAAAGGACCUGAAGGGCAAAAAAAAAAAAAACAGGAAUAACAUAAAGUAAACAUCAAACAUAGAAGGGCUGACCAUGGAGAGAAAUAUGAGGGGUUUACACAACAAAGUUUUACAGGUGCAGGAAACUUGUGAUGCCAACAGGGACACUUGAAUUACACCCUGCCAGUGCACUGUAGCCCCUGGUUUAACAUCCUGAGGAGGGGACCAAGUGAAAAAAUGAUAGUUUGGCUGUUAGUCUGGACAGGACAAGAUGGAAAGUGCCACCUGUCUGAGUGCCUCCCAGUUCAGGAAAGCCUCUAUCACCCUAUCACUGCCACUUCACAUGAACACUCCCGGAUUCUGGCAGGUUGUGCUGGGUCUUAUUGACUGCAGGCUGCCGGGCAGACAGACGCGUCUCUUUUGACUCAGACAGCUCAGGAGCGGAUGUCGAUAAUUAAGCAAAAAGGCUUGCGUCAGACAGGGAGGACAGCCCUGUUUACAGAAUCAACAGCUCUGGACACAUUGUACCUCAUCACAUUAGUCUGUCUGCUUCUCUCGAGUGACAAGAAGAGAGGCUUACAAGCUUUGACUUUCCACCUAUGAUUUUGAUAAAUGAAAUUCGACUACUUUUAGUUGCUUAAAGUAAAUCCGCCUGUUUAUAACCUGCAAAAGCAAAAUGUUAAAUCAUGAGAGACAAGACAGACUAUUUCUAUGUGAUUACUCUUAGUAACUUUAGUCUCUACAACAAGGUAGGUUAGUUUAGGACAUCCUGCAAACGUAUCCUUUUUUUCUCUCUCCAAAAAUUUGUUGUGUCUUCAAAGGUCUGCAAAAUAAUCAAGAAUGAUUUUUUUAAUUUACUCAACCAGCUGCUCCACAAUCAUCAAAGAGUUAAAUCCUUUUGCUACAUCAGCGAGAUGCACCAUAUUGAUACAGAGCGUGGGCUUUAUGGUGGCUUUAUGGGCUUUGCAAAAAGGCUGAAAAGGUUGUUUAAAUUUUAUCAAACUAUCUUUGGAAAUGGUAAUAGUCAAUCAAAGAAAAGGUUUGCCAAUAGUUGCAAAUAGUCAAAACAAAGUAAAAAUGUGUGCAUAAGCAGCCUACAGACAUGGUUUCCUCUGUACAGUUCGAGUAAACAUGUGGGGUCAGACACACUGUAUCUUUCCUCGAUCUGUUUCCUAUACAGACAACACCACGUUGAUGGAUGGCCUAUAUUUCCUUCCCACACCUGCUGCUCCGCAGAUGCAAUUGGUAUUGGUCAGCCCACACCAAUUACAGCCAGGCUAUAUAAGCUCAUUUAGACCAUCAAUAUCUCAUUGCGUGUGUUGGACCAGUCAUCAUCUAAUAGUCAGAGUUCACAUGACAAGCUCUCCACUCAGCAGUGAGAGAACAGGUGGCAGUGAGUCAAGAGCAAGGAGAGAUUGUUGUUAAAAGCUCCUGUGAGGAGUUUUCUGAAAUAGACUGAUAUAUUCAUACUGAUGUUUUAUAUGAUAUAAAAAGCAAAAACAACCAUGAGCAGCAAGAUUGGCUGGUUUUAUAUUGUAUGUUUUAAUACCUAUAACUUGUGUGAGGGGGUAGGUGUCGGCGAAGCAGCUGUAGAAACAACCCUAUUUUUUAAUUUCCACAUAAUAUUCACAAUAAAAUGGAACAUAUAUUGGAACAAGCGAAGACUGCUUCUUCCAUAAAGUUGAGACACACUGUAAGUUCCUCACAGGAGCUUCAAAAUGGAGUUUGAAAUCGAAAUUUCAGGACAUGGGCCUACUUACCCUUUUGCAAGAUUUGGAUGAGAACAUUAUUCCAGCUCUUGUACCUGUCCCUUAUUUAUGAUGCUAAAGCCUGAAUCACUUAGCCUAGCCUAGCCUAGCCUAGCCUAGCUGUGAGACUGAAAACAAGACAUUAGGCAAUGUCCCCCAAGCCUAAUUCAGUCUGCAAUUACACACAUAUAAAACCAUCAAAACUUUACACAUUUUCUUCCAGUAAUUUCGAUUAAAAAAAAAAAACAAAAAACAACUACUCGCACCAGCAACUGCUUUUGGACUAGGAAGUAUAAGGCUAGCUUUCUUUGUGCCUAGCCCUCUAUAACAGCUGCCUGUGCACAUUUAUAUUCCCCAAUAAACGAGAGUCGUAAAGACCGUGUUAUCCAAUCUUAGGUGAAAUAUCCAAAAGUCAAAACUAGGUCAUGGGUGUGAGCACCACAUUUAACCACUGCAUCUAAAUCAUUGCAGCAUGACAUAUUACACUGCAUUUCAACAAUUAUAAAAUGCUAUUUUAACUCUAAUGGUACUUCCUAAUAAAAGAAAAGCAGAAAAGAGUCCUUAUCUGAUCUGGAUCCGAACAUAUCUUUUGUCCCUCUGCACUCUGAUUUAGUGGUAAGAUACAGGAUGUUCUCCUCUGCUAUCAAAGAGCAGAGAAAUUAACAUUUUUCUGAAAAUAGUCCAUUGAAGUUUGGUUUCCACCAGUGCUCACAGGCUAUACACAACCACUCCUGAAUAUGACAUGUUAACAUAAAUGCUUAAUGCUAUGCACUGGGUCAUGAGAUUUGCUCAUUCACGGUCUAUGUAAUACGCGCACCCAACCCACGCACACACACACACAUAUACACACACUCACUCUCCCCACCCUUUCAGUUCCCCCUUCUUCAGGUUUAGUACUGGGUUGUUAGGGAUCAAAGUAAGCACUGUGCUGUGACCCCAAAGCUGUCAUGUGGGUCACACUCUAGGCGUGGAGAACUCAGAUGUACUUCUCUUAAUCCUCUUGUCUGGGAUGUGCAGAGGUCUGUGUCCCUGUGCACACAAACGGUUCAAACAGCAUGAUUGUCUGUGACAUUGUUCUCCCUGUUUAAAGUCACAUGUGUCACCUCUUAUUGCUUUUCUUUGCUUAAUGUAUUUUUCAUUGCAUUCUGCUGUAUUCUCAGGAUGAAGUCAAUCAAAUCAUGGAGACGAAUUUGUGGCUGAGGCAUGUAAGUUAAGUCUAUGGUGUGUGACUGUGCAAAUGGACCUUGAGCAAGGACAUCAAGUGUGUUUCCAGCCCUCUGUCAUACAUGAUUCUUGGUGGCGAGACUGACAAGAUGAAUUAUUCAUUAGGGGACGCUUCUUAAACAUAUCUAUCUUUCCUUUCUUUUUUGAGAAAAAAUAUCUUACAAACCAGAUGAACCCAGAGUCCAUGAUCAGUUUUAUAUGGUUGUGUUUCUGGAAUAAUUUGACAGUGGUCUGAAAUUGAUCAUACUUUCCAACAACCAUGAUUUGGCUUUUGACAGUGAGUCAGAAAACAUCUCCAGUAUGGUGCAUAUGAAAGAUUACACAGAUUCAACUGAACAGAAGUAUUCCAUUAUCACACAUAAGAAAUGUACAACAUGAAUAAACCAGCUUCUGUAUACAGUUUCUAGAUGUUUUGUCAUGUACUUAGUCCCACUUGGAGUCUGCUCUGCCAUGCUGCAGUCUAACAGUUUCAUAUCAAAUGAGACAGGGCAGGUCUCCAGGUCCCAUAUUACAAGCGCUGAGCAAAUACCCAUCUGUGCUGGAGCCAUGCUCACGCUGUAAUUGCUCCUUGGUGCCACACUGUUUCACUUACUUUAAUGUCAUCUGUUGUUUUAGAGUCUCUGGAAGCAAUGUAACAACAACACUGGGAGGUGCAUUUCCCACACUGGCCAUUUGAGUCUUACAGCAUGCUCUAAAUACUUAGUUUUUUUUUACAGCUCUCUGGGGUAGCUUUUCACUGUUACUUUAUGUGUCUCAAAGGGUCACUUUGUGUCCUCAAGAGGGGGUCAAAAACAAUUGCCAAAGGGUCCAUAAAACACAUUUCUCACAGUGGUCCAAUUCUCUCAGUUUAUAUUCUGUGUAAACUUUAUUUAUGUGCCUCAGUUGUGGAUGGCAACUUCUUAUAGUUUUUUUUAUUUUUUAUGAGGGAUAUUUUACCAAACAAUAUAUUUAAAGUCAGAGUACAUUUAUAAGUUAAAAGAUGAGCACCAACCGGAAACAAAAUGUUCCCUCCAACUCUUUAAAAAUCUUGCUUACAACUUAGUAAAGCUGUUUAUGACAAACUUGUUAGGUUUUGUUGACCUUGAUUGAGAUAAUGCCUUCAUAAAAGCUAAGCCAAGGUGCGUUUUAGCACGAUGACAGCUUCUCUCUAUUUUGUAACUUCCUUUCCUUCCUGGGCAUUUCUUACACGGCCAGAAAUAAGCUGGAGUUUCAGUCACAUCUGAAAUACUAGGUGACAAUGAAUUUCUUCUUCAUCCAGCUCAUCAUGUAUGCUGUGAUAAUGUAGUGGCAUCAGGAUAGAAAAGCACAGCUCAGCUUUGUGCAGCAGAUAGUGAGGAUGUUCACAGCCUGUUUUAAUCUCACCAAAAUACAAAACUAAAGCAGACUACAUGGAUCUAGCAGAACUUUGUGGCUUAAAUAUCAUUAACCCAAUAUAAUCUGCUGAUUGGAGCUUGAAAGAAUAGUAUGGCCAAAUGAUGCACAAUUCUUAGUGCCAAGAGCAGCAGCAGUUUAUUCUAAAUGUAGUAGAUUAACCAUUUACAAUUUUAAAAACUUCAGGUUUUCAAUUUUAUUAUAAAACUUUGCUGGACAUUUUUGGAUGGAUAUUCCUCAUCUUGUUUUUGAAUGUAAUUUAAUUGUUCUUGUUUUGUUUCUUUCAGAUUUGGAAUGAUUACAAACUGAGAUGGAAUCCAAAAGAUUAUGCAGGCGUUGAGUUUAUUCGAGUCCCAUCCAACAGGAUAUGGAAGCCAGACAUUGUUUUGUACAACAAGUGAGUGUGACAACGAAUUAAAAGCCUGGCCUGAGAUCUGCAUUGAUUGUUGAUGACUGAUGACUGACAAUGAUAAAGUGUACAGGUUUUUAAUCCACUGCAUAUUUUUUCAUGGGUCACAUUGUUUGUAUCUUAACGGUGUGUUAAAGACACAUCAGAUUGUUUUGUAUACCGAGUACUGGUAACACUUUACAAUAACUAUAAUUUAUAAAUGGUAAAAAGAUAGUUUAUUAAUGUUUAAUCAUCAUUUAAAAACAGCAUAUAGACCAAUUAUAAAUGGCAAAUAGAUAGUUUAUUAAUUUAAGUUAAUAGUUACUUUACCAUUAACAAGCAAUGAAAUUAUGAUUAUUAACUUUCAUUAAUUGUUAAUGGAUUAUUUAUUAAAGGUUUAUAUAGGGUUUAAGUAUUGGUUGUAAAACAUCUAGAUUUAAAUGUGUGUCAGUAGCACUUUGUAAAUGGUUAAUAUUUGUUUUUUAAAGCAUCUAUAAACAUUACUUAGAUGGUUAUUAUAAAGUUGCAACUGAUGUUUGUAAUACUUUGUAAAUGACUAAUAAGUGGUUUAUAAACCACCUAUAAACAUUACUUAGGUGCUCAUUGUAAAGUUAAGGUUAGGGUCAGGGUUAGGGUUAGGUUUUUAAAAUUGUAAAAUUUACAAUGAUGAUGACUAAACAUUCAUAAACUAUCUGCUUACAUUUAUAAAUAGUCUAUUUACCAUUUAUAAGUUAUGGUUAUUGUAAAGUGUUACCCAAGUACUUAACUGUGCUUGAAUACUUGGAUUACUUGGACUACUCGGGUUUUGUCUAAUGUCAGAAUAAUAAGUUGUUUUUAUAUAUUUUAAAGUCUAAAUUCUCAUGACUUGUUGGUUUUCAUUCCUUUCUCUUGCUCUUUUCUGUCUGUUUCUCUCCCUACAGUGCAGUUGGAGAUUUCCAAGUGGAUGACAAAACUAAAGCCCUGCUGCGUUACAAUGGAGAUGUCACCUGGAUCCCUCCAGCCAUUUUUAAAAGCUCCUGCAAGAUCGAUGUCACUUACUUCCCCUUUGACUAUCAAAACUGCACCAUGAAGUUUGGCUCCUGGACCUAUGACAAGGCCAAAAUUGAUCUGGUGCUAAUUGGCUCCACUAUCAAUCUGAAAGACUUCUGGGAAAGUGGCGAAUGGGUGAUAAUUGAUGCCCCAGGUUACAAACAUGACAUUAAGUACAACUGCUGCGAGGAAAUCUACACAGACAUCACCUACUCUCUGUACAUUCGCCGUCUGCCGCUCUUUUAUACUAUCAACAUGAUCAUCCCCUGCCUCCUCAUCUCCUUCCUCACUGUGCUUGUAUUCUAUCUUCCAUCUGAUUGUGGUGAGAAAGUCACACUCUGUAUUUCUGUCCUGCUGUCUUUGACUGUCUUCCUUCUCGUCAUAACUGAAACAAUCCCCUCCACCUCACUUGUCAUUCCCCUGAUUGGCGAGUACCUCCUCUUCACUAUGAUCUUUGUCACUCUGUCUAUCGUCAUCACUGUUUUUGUGUUGAAUGUGCACUACCGCACACCAAAAACCCACACGAUGCCGUGUUGGGUGCGAGCGGUUUUUCUCAGACUCCUGCCCAAAGUGAUGUUCAUGACCAGGCCGGAGAGGGACCCUGAGAAGGUGGCAUUGGCCAGCAGUGUGCAGAUGAUGCAUUCAAGGCCCUGCACUGUCCAUUCUUCAACAACUUUGCAGAAGCAGCACAAACCACAGGCCCUUGCCUCCAGCAUCGUUUCGAGCCUGACGAACCGCCAUCGGCUUUUCAAUAACACUGAGCUCUCCAACCUCAAUAAUUUAAGUGGAGACCCGUCCAAAAGUGCCGGCUCGGCGUUCCUGUGCCGUGAGGGUCGCUGCAACUGCUGCUGGCACCAGAGAUCCAGCAAACUUCCUGCAGACUCCGGGGGAGGGAGUGGAGGGCUUGGCAGUCUCGGGACGCUGACCGGAGGAGGCAGUGCUGUUGGUGUUGGAGGAGGAGGGAGUCAUUGCUCAAGCUCAGAGUCUCUGGAUGUAGGAAUAAUGUCACUGUUACCGCUCUCACCUGAGGUCAGGGAGGCUAUUGAGAGUGUCAAAUACAUCGCAGAGAACAUGAAGCUUCAAAAUGAAGCAAAGGAGGUGAGUGAGUUUUAAAUCAUGCUCUUUUAAACCCUAUAUAAAAAACUUUGACAGAGCCAUCUAAUGUUUUUCUCUGUGAUCCACUUACAGGUUCAGGAUGACUGGAAAUACGUUGCCAUGGUUAUCGACAGGAUCUUCCUCUGGGUUUUUGUCCUUGUGUGCAUCAUGGGAACAGCUGGCCUCUUCCUGCAGCCUCUAUUGCUUGGAGAAGACAUUUGA